AUGGUAAAUGUCAAUCAUAUGCAAUGCAAACAACAACAACAACAAUCAGACAGUCUACUGGAUCAAUCAUCAUCAAACUGUAGAUUAUUAGUAGCAUUAGUUGUUUGUUUGUUUGUCGGUGUUGCAGUAUCAAGCAAGGGAGCCGACUUGUUGUUCCAAAAGAAGAUUUCAGAUGGACCAGUUGUUGGAAAGGAACUCGACAUUUCAUUCAUUAUCUACAAUGUUGGUGAAGGAGCUGCCUAUGACAUCUCCUUUGCUGACACUGAUUUCGGUGCCUCUGCCGAUUUCGAAGUUGUAAAGGGACAAUCAAGCGGAAAGUGGGAGGUCAUCGAACCAAACACCAACGUUUCCCAAACCAUCACUAUCACCCCAUCCAAGGGAGGUGUUUUCCCACUCACUUCAACCAUCCUCGAAUACCGUAAGAGUCAAAACGAAGAGCUCUCCCACACCUCUGCUGCCAGCUACACUGGUAUGUACGUUGAAAGCGUCGAAGAGUUUGACAAGAGAACCUCCCUCCACUUGAAGGAAUGGGGUACCUUUAUCCUUUUAUCUUUUGGUUCCGUUGCCUUCCCAUUCGCCCUCUGGAGUUACUACAAGGUCAACUAUGAAAAUGGUAUCAAGAAGAACAAAUAA